AUGGCGACGGCCUGCAGGAAGCCGAAGUUGCACAAGCCCGAUAUCUACGUACGCAUUCGGCCGCUCGCCGCCGAGGGCGGCCACGCAGAGGACGGGACAGUGCUGCAGAAGCAUCUCGAGGCGUGGGACGAAGCCAGUGUGACAGUCGGGACGCAGCACCUGUUCAGCAAGGGCGAGGCCAGGUAUGCCUACCCGAGACGGGUUUUUGGCACCGAGGCCACGCAGCGGGAGGUGACCGACGAAAUCGUGCCGGGGUUGGUCGAGUCCUUCACCGCCGAGAGCACCUCCGUGCUGUUUUUUGCAUACGGUCAGACGGGCACCGGCAAGACGCGCACCAUGCUGGGAACCGAGGCGAGCCUGCGCUCCGCCGAGCCGCACGAAGAGUGGGGCGUCUUUCCGCGCGUCUGCACCGCCGCCUUUGACAAGCUCGCCGCACUGCGGGCGCGCGGCGUCAAGUGCCGGCUGUCUGGCUCGGCCAUCGAGUUCUACCUGGGCGAGUGCUUCGACCUGCUCUCGUCGAGCCGCGCAGGCAACUCGCCGGUGCAGAUCGAGGCGCAGAGCCACAUGCCGGCGGGCGAGUCCUGCGUCCCGCUCGAGCGGCCGGCGGACCUGGCACCGUUCUUCGAAAAGGUGAUCGCCAACCGCACCGCACGCAGCACCAACUUCAACCACGCCUCGGCUGAGCACUCGGGCUCGUCGCGCUCGCACGCGGCGCUCACCCUCACGCUCGCAACCCUCGACGAGGCCUCGCGCGACUACUGCCAGACCACCUUCACGCUCGUCGACCUUGCUGGAGCAGAGCGGCCCGAUAAGGUCAAGGCGGACGUCAAGGGCGGGCGAACGGACCUCGCGCCCGAGUUUCUGCCGAGCCUGCUACACGCUCGCGAUGCGGGCAAGCUGAGCCAGCAGGAGGUGGAGCAAGCGAUCCCAAUCGGCUUUCAGACUAAGAUGAUCAACUUUGAGCUCUUCUCUCUCUGCUCGGAGGUGCUCAAGGCGAGCGAGUGCCAUCGGAAGGGCAGGCCGUUCAAGCUCACACCCAUGUCCACGCCGACCAUCAAGUUCCUCUCUGCCAUCCUCGACGGCCGCGCGCGCCUCGCCAUGUGCGUCACGCUCUCGCCGGCCGGCCGCAACGCGUGGGAGACGUGGUUUUCGCUGCAGUACGGCGCCGACCUCGCCAAGCUGCACGCGCCGAGGAUCAGACAAAAGGCGGUGCACUUUGACAAGCUGCGCAAGGCGGUGGCGAAGGAGGCGGCUGAGCUGCAAGAUGCGGUGGACGGCAUGGCCGAGAGCCACCGCUACUACGCGCAGAAGAGGCACCGGGCUAGUCAUGCGGCGGAGCAGCUGCGCCGGCUGGAUGCGCUGCAGAGCGGCUCGUGUAGAGAGCCCGAGUCUCGUUAG